CUAUUGGGGUUGAAAAUGGAUGGAAUUCACUGGUGACGCUCUCAUCACUUGCCACCGCCAAUUGCUUUUGCGCAUGGACGCCUGUCUGAGAAUGGGUCAUUUUUGGCUCAAGCCUGCUGUCCUGUUUGGCAAGAAGGAGCUAUCAUGUAGUUAAAGAUCGCCCCCCAUGGUCGAAGAAAGAGCAAACGAAUGGUUUGAUGUGGCACCUGUAGGACUUUCAGAUCAUGGCUGGGAUGUGGAUGCUGAGACAGGCCAAGGGUCUCUCUCGCAUCGACCCGGCCCUUGGGGAAGCCAACUGCUGAGAGCUGAUUUCAGGCGCAUACCCGUGUCCUGCGCAGAGCCAACCGCUGUUCUAGUGAGACCCGAGGCUCGGCAUCUGCGCCCACAGGAGUUGGACGUGCUGACGCGCGAGGAGCUUCUUGUGCACAUCGCCCCCGGCGAUGCCGUGCUGCGAGGUACUUGCGAGCUGGGCUGGGCGGCACGCCCCUCUUCCAGCGAGCGCGUCAAAGCCGUGCGCCGCUUUGUCGCCCUCUUUGGCAACAUCGGAACGCUUUGGAUGAACAAUAUCUGCGAAACAGAGCUCGCGCCCACAGUCAGACACCAGCUGCGACGGAACUUCCCAGCGAAGGGAGACGCCACAGUUUGCAGCCAUGUCACCUGUUCUGAUGGGAAUCUCCGGUGGGCAAUGAGGAUAUCAAGAGCCGACGGACCGAACACUUUUCGUAUUUGCUUGCUAUGGACCGUACCAAUCUGCGCUUCAGCGCACUGGCUGCAAGCAUGUCUUGAGGAGAUGCUGGGCGCCGCUCGCCAGCAUGUGAUCUACUACCUCAAUCAUGCCAGUAUGGCACACUUCCGCAAGCUUGACAAGGAGUUGUAUGUGAUUUUGUCCAUAAAUCACUUCCGGCGUGGGCCGCCGCUGCUUCCUCAUGCUGGGCCUGACAAGCCCGAUGUCAGGAUUUCCAGCGACUGGCUUGGUUCUUGGAGCUCUGACAAGUCCAAGUUCAACGCUGCCAGCUACAUCCAGCAGUUCCUCCGGCGACUGGGCCACGCCUUCCGAACCUUUGACACAUUGGAUGGCCAGAAGUUGGUGCCAUAUCAGGCAGCCCUUCGCCGUGAUGAGUGGGAGAAGGUUGGGAAGGAGUUGAUUCAAGCCUUCAGCCUCCAGAAGGCUGCGUAUCGUCGUCUCCAUGGAGGAUGCCAAGCGCCGGACUUGAAGGAGAACAACAGGCCUACUUACCAGCGACGAGAUCCGUUCGGACAGCAAGCAUGGUCGAAGCAUCCCUCAAAGCCGCAAUUGGUGGUUCGGCGGACCUUCAUCGACAUCGAUGAUCGUGAAGAUGAUGCUGAUGACCUGCAAAUGAGGAAGACCAAGUCCCUACGCUAAUGUUGCAGUGUUUUUGUUUUAUUCGUGUGUGACACCCGAGCAAACUGUACAAAACAUUUGCUCGCGGGUUCACACGCUUUGUACAGGCAGUCUGCAAGCCUGCGAGCCUAGAUGCCUGCCUUAUCUGCAUCUCCUGUGUACAGAGCUUCUUUUGAUUUGCACCCACCCCUCAGCGGACUUUCCUGGUGAUUUCGUGCACAAGAAAGAAAACACCAUGGGAACCGGGCCAGGUUUCUCUCUGUCUCUUUUUCAAUACGCCCAUUCUUCUUUGACCGCAGAGCUAGCACA